AUGCAUGUUCUUUUCUUCUGCCAUUUUUCUAGAGCUGUGUGGAUGCAAGUUUCUGCUGGAGGUGCAACCAUCUUAACAAGCGGUAUUACUGAGAUUGCCUCUAUAUUCGAAAGAUGGAUGAUACAAGCUCAACAACAACCAGAUCAACUUGCUUGGUUAAAUGUGGCCAUGAUUGUGUCAUGGACUAUCUGGAAUGAGCGAUGUGAACUAGUCUUCCAAGACAAACAAGUUGAUCCCAUUAUUACUGCUAGGAAGGCUAUAAGCUUCUCUAACUAUAUUUCGAAGCUGCAUUCUGUUCCCCCGAACAGAAAUAAUGAUAGUGGGAUGAGUAGAAUACACUUACCAACAUGGAAACCUCCUGCACAUCCUUAUUUUACGAUUAAUUGCGAUGCUUCCUUUGAUGCACACACAAGACUAACUGGUAUUGCAUUCAUUUUACGUUAUUUUGCAGGAAAUUGGAGAGGAUGCAAACCCAAAUGCUAUGCAGGAAUAAAGUACACCGAACAAGCAGAAUGUCUAGCUCUUCUUGAUGUUGUCAGCUGGUGUGUGGAGUCUCAGUUAUCUCAUGUGGUUUUUGAAACGGAUUUACAAGGGAUUGAAGGAUCAAAAAAUCUGCCCCAGUCAUAG